AUUUUUUUAACUCAGUUUAUUUCCAUUUGGUAACAUUGGUGUGGAUCACUCAGUCAGACUGCAUGAGUGACUAACAGCACCUGGAUAAUCGCAAUACAACUGAAAUGUGAGAGAAGGUUUAAACAGCCCAUACAGGAAUCAAACCCGCAACCUUGGCGUGAUUAGCACCACGCUCUAACCAACUGAGCUGACCGGCCAUGAUAAGUGAGGUCAUGACGUCAUCAGUACAUCCGUAGUCCCCCCUAUGGCCCAGGUUUAGUCAGUUGUUGUUAUGGGAGUUAUUACCAAAGCAGGAACUCAAACUCAUAUUUCAGUUGAACUUGUGAAAAUUUUACCAGCAGAAGUCUUGUCAGGCUCACGGUUUACAAAUUGGGGCUAAGACUGACUUCCCUGGGGGGACCGACAGGGAGAAAUGUGAAGUGCAAGUAAAUAAAAAUGUAAUGAAUAUUAUUCAUGAAUGGUGCUUUUGGUAGCCAUCCACAAGGUUCUGGCUGUAUCUUGACCACUGCUCUUGAUAGAACUGGUAGUUAAACUAAAGUUGUAUGCUUUCUGGCACGGACUUGUUUCUUCGUCACAGUCCAUUACAGAACAGUGGUUUAGGGUUUAAGUCAGGACGUGGGAAGGCCAGCAGAUUUAUUCAUUGACAUUUUGUAACAGCCCAAUGUGUAAGGAGCUGAUAUUUCCUGUUGUCUCAUGUGUUUUUCUGUGUUCAAGGUGAGGUGAAAUGCAGCUAUCUGUGCAGUCCAGCUUGGAUGUAUUUUAGUAUGAAAAAGACCUAAAGAACCUAAGUAAGCUAGGAAAGGUAAAGACUUUAUUACAGUUUUUGAGACGCAUAUUUGGCAAGUGCUGAGAAUCAGCAGUCCAAAUUAAGAUUAGCAAUGCGCCAACUGAGCAUUAUAGGUACAAAUGCAAUCUAAUUUGAAAUUCUUGAAAAUUCGUAUUUGGCCCGUACGGGGAUCGAACCCGCGACCUUGGCGUUAUUAGCACCACGCUCUAACCAACUGAGCUAACCGGCCAUGUGAGAGGUUGAUCCGUGACGUCAUUACAACUACAGUUGAAUCUUACUGAACAGAAAGUAAAACUGAGUGAGCUGACAGAAAACAACUCUUCGACGAGCUGCAGAUUUUUGUGGGGCCUAAACAACACCCUUCACCAGCCACAUCCUUGAAUCGGGAUGUCAGUGCAGUUCUCAGGGUGGGAGGUGGUCGACGAUGGUGCUUCGUUCCCUGGUGUGAUGCUGGGACCAUCACAGACGCCUCAAAACCGGGGCGUCUACACUAUGUACCAUGGGACUCGUGUUUCCAGCGCACGGCUCAUCAUUGCUAAUGGUUUUAAACAAUCAGCAGGCGGCACGCUGGGACAGGGAGUGUAUGUCAGUCGUGAUAAGAAAAAGGCAGAUGGUUAUCCAGCAUUAUGUAGCCCCUCAGACCGUGUGGUCCUUGAGCUUCGUGUGCGUGUUGGACGUGUCAAACGUAUUGACCAGCUCGGUCAUCCUUUGCAAAUAUCUUGGCAUGCGCAGGGCUAUGACACCGCCUGGUUGCCACCCACGUUUGGCCUAGAGGAAGACUGUGUGUUUGAUCCCAAGAGAGUGAAGGUGGUGGGCAUUGCAAAUGCACCCAGCACUGCCAUACAGACAGAACUGCAGCAGCUCCUGGCAAAAACACCAAAGAGUCCUAGGAGAGGAGGAGCUGCUGCUGCAGAUGUGUGUUCCCUGUGUAAGAGGAAGACCCAACAAGGCUCUCAGCACAUCAAGCAACACUGCUGGAAGUGUGGGCAAAACAUCUGUAUUCUCAUGUCCAAGCAUUUCUGUGCAGUGAAACCCUGACAUGGGAUUGAGGAAGAAGAUGGCUCAAGAAAUGGAGUGGAAAGAUAGCACAACGGUGCUGGAAACAGAACGGAGGCUAAACUAAAACUGAAAUCAACUUCAAUAUUAAUUUUCAGUAAUAAUUUUUUUCAAAUGCUGGAUACAUUUUGGGGGGAUCUCUGUAGAUGAUCUUGUUCAUCAACAGACCCAACUCAUAGUAAGUUAAGUCCACUUAAAUGUUCAUUUGUUAUUCUACAGUACCUGUUGCUUUACAUUUUCUCAUCAUUACUCAUGCUUUGAUUGUGUGCAUUUACUGUGAUUUAAAGCUGCUGAAUACAGAAUUAUGUAACGGAGCAAUUAUCAAUAAAGGGCACUGUUUAAUUAUAA